GGGGGUAACAGCCGUCAGCAUCAGGAUGGUUGCUCCAGACACCCUGAUUUAGAACACAUUUCUCUUACCAUAUAAAGGCAAUAUGUGAAGCAAUUUUCCAUUGCGGUAUUCAAAGUUGAUUAAGUUUCCAAUAAAUUAUUGCAGCACAUGUCAUGUUUGUUUCCUGCAUUAUAGGGGAGGCAUGAAUGCUAGUGACACAGUCGUGUCAAAUGGAUCAACUGUGAUUCUGUCCUGCUGGCUAAACAACAGUGGAUCAUCUAGCAAUUUGCAGAACAAACAUACAAUAACUAUUUUACACAACCACUCAGCAAUAAGCAGCAGCUCUGGCUUUUUGGUCAGUGCUCACAUUUCACUGCACACAUUUGGGAGGCAGACGUUCAAAUGCCAACGGAGUUCUCGGCAGGAAAGGAAAGUGAUCGUAUGUGGAGUUUACGUCGAUGUUGGAAUUCCUCCAGCCCAGCCCAAAAAUAUACUCUGCAUUCAGCAUGGAAAGGAUGGAAGUACUAUUUGCACUUGGGAUAAAGGACACUAUACCUACCUUGAUACUAACUAUACAUUACAGCUAACAAAUGGAAACACCAAUGAAGCAACAGUAUGGAAAGAUGAAAGGAAUCAAAAUAGCUCAUAUGGCUCAGUAGAGCUCAGAGUGAAGUUGAAUUUUCAGUCCACCUAUACAGUUGUCAUCAAUGCCACCAAUGGACUGGGAAAGGUUUCUUCCCAACCAAUUCAAUUCACAUUAAUUGACAUAGUGAAGCCGCACGCACCCGUGAACCUCUCAGUGGCAUUUGAUGGUUUUGAUGCAAGAAACUGCAGCAUUUCGUGGCAAGAUCAACAAGAGGCACAACACUUUAGAUUAAGAUACCAACCAAUGAACAGCAACUCUUGGACCAUGCUUGAAAAUAUAAACAGCAGAAGAUAUUAUCUACAUGACCUGAAGCCAGAUACAGCAUAUGAAUUCCAGGUUUCCUGCAGGUUCCUGCCCAACAAAGGAUUAUGGAGUGACUGGAGUAUAUUGUUUCAAACAGAAGCAGUACCACUUCAGCCAAUUGAUGUCUGGUAUUUAAUGGAAGAUGUGUCUUCUGAAAUGCAGAAUAUUACACUUUUUUGGAAGGUGAGUGUAUUAGAAGUGAGAAGGAAAAGUCUUGAGUAUAGAGUGACGUUUUCAGCCCUAAACCAGAUGCGUCAAAGAGACACGGGAACAAAUUCUACAGUGCAGACCACAUUCUCACAAAUCAUUCCUAAGACAGACUAUAGCAUUACAAUUUGUUCUCACAACUCACGGGGAAUAUCUCAACCCAUUUAUAUCACUACUAAACUAGGAAUUACAGAUCUGCCACCCCCAAACCAUCUUUCUACUGUAUCACUGGGGAACGGAAGAAUCUCUGUUGCAUGGGAAGCCCCUAUUGCACCUUUCCCUUUUAUCAAUGGAUAUGUUCUACAAUGGGCAGAGCUCCAUCACAGCAGUGACUUGAGAACUCCCAUAACCUGGCUCAAAAUCCCCGUCUCCAAUCUCACAGCAACAACAGAGAGCCUAAAACCUAACACCUGUUAUCAAAUCAGUGUGUUUGCCCUCUACCAGAACAGAGCAGGAAGAGCCGCUUCCACAACAGAAGAUGUAUCAGCAAAAGCCCCAUUAAAAGGACCUCAAAUUAACACAACAGUAAAAGAAAGAAGCAUUUUGGUCUCCUGGCAGGAAAUUCCGGAUGAUCGAGUGGGCUGCAUCAUUCACUUCAAGUUAUACUUGCAAAAGCAAUUUGUCAUGGUGCCCCCUAAAGUCUACGAUAUACCUAAGACAGCCCCACAGCCGUUCUCUGUAAGAAGUGUAGAGCCUGGUGCUGCAUAUGUUUUAUGGAUGACAGCUUCCACAAAAGCUGGAGAGAGCCCUGAAGGAAACAAACAAGAGGUUUACAUAAAAGAUGCACCCAGCUGGGGUUCUGCUCUAACAAUCUGCAUUAUUGUGGGUCUUUCCAUCUGUCUCUGCUUUGUGCCAUCCAUUAGGCAAAUGCUUUCCUCACUACUUUCUGUUCUGCUUUGUGGGUGGCAUGGGAAAGCUGUUCCAGAUCCAGCCAACUCUUCAUGUACUAAAGAGUUUGCAUCUGUAGAGGGUGAACACAGCUUCUAUUCUACACAGUUCCUAAAGAACCAGAACAGCAUUGAAGAGCCUGAAACUCUACAAAUAGAGGAGGUCCUCAUGAAGAGGCAACAGAUGCCAUCUGUGGAUGUGUCCCUCUUCAGACUCACAGAGGAAGGAGGAGGGAGCCACAACUGGCCAACUGCUGUCAGCUUCCAGGAAGAGGAUCCAAUUGUGAAAAACUUGGACUAUGACCCUUUGAUCACCAGCAGGACAGAUGAUGCCAGCCAGCACCAGCUGCUGCCUUUGUACAGAAAGGUUCGACCCGAAGAACCAAGUCAAGGGCAGGGAUUUUCAGUGUACCUUGCCAGUCCACAUGGCAAUGUAACAGUGGACUACUUACCGACUAUUUCACCUGCCAUUAUGGACACUGGUGAAGACAACGGCGAAUCUGAACUAAACCCAUUAUUUAUUUUCCAAAGAACCUCUUUUCUACCACAGACAUGCCCCUUUGGUGGAAAGCUUACUCUAGACGCUAUACAAAUGGACUGUGAUUCUUUCACAGAGUAAGGCCGCAUUCGUGUAACAUCUUAUCCAGGAAUGCUUUAAACUUAAUGGGAGUAGACAGGAUAUAGCACAACAGGCCUUCCUUAAUCCCCUCACCACCUUCAU